GGCCCUGCCCGGGGCCCUGCCCGGGGCCCUGCCCGGCCCGCAGUGAAGCGCAGGCCCCUGGCGGGAGCCCGGGUCGCUCCGCGGCCAGAGCUGCGUGAUUUACCUGCAAAGGCAGGAGGCGCUUGGGCCUCUCCUUUCCACCCUCGUGCGGGAGGCCUGGCCCCCAAGAGGCGGUGGAUGGGCCGUUUGCUUGCAAAAAGCAGCAAAGCGUUGCCAUUUCUAAUGCUUAUUUAAAACCUGCUGGGUUCCCCUGAAGCGCUUGAGUGCUCCUCAACGAUAGUUGCCUGAGGCCAGAAUUUCUCUCCCUUUCUGUCAUUAAAGGCUAUGGGGCACUAGGUUGGAGGUCAUCUCCUUGACCAGAUUUUCUCUCCAAGGCACUGUUCGGUUUUACUCCGCCUGUCUGCCACCCUUCAGUGGUAGGGCCUGCAGGGACAAUGCAGAAUGCUACAGGAUUCUGUGUGGAAACUUUAUGCAUACAGUUUAAAGGAUUCUUUCAACCUUUGGUUUCCUGUCAUUAUGUCAGUGCACAUAGUCUGGAAUGGCAGUGCUGGAAUUUCAAUUGCUCCAACUAAGGGUUGUUUCCACCCAUACAUGACUGUAAUAGAUUCUGAACUGUUCUGCAUUGAUGUAUUAGGCAGUGCUUGUAAGAUUCUAGCAAGCCAUGCAAGUAUUUGAAUAAAUGGACAUGAUUUACCUGGACCACAAAAUACUGCAAAAUCAUAUUUUAUGCAGUUACAUAAGGAAGAAAGUAGAAGAAAAUAUUUUAUCACACACAACAUCUCCAUCCUCUCCCUGCCUCCGAUGGCUGCAGCCCCCUCCAGCUGAGUCAGUUCUUCCCUCCCCGCAGCAUUGCAGCACCUCCGCAGCCUCCCUGCACUCCUGUUUCUGCAGCGCCCACACUGUCUUCUCGGCUCCCACCUCAGCAGCAUGGCCAGCACUGUCUCAGCCUACAAGGAGAAAAUGAAGGAGCUGUCUCUGCUCUCUCUCAUCUGCUCCUGUUUCCAUACCCAGCCGCAUCCUAAUACCAUCUACCAGUAUGGAGAUAUGGAGGUGAAACAGCUGGAUAAGAGGGCAUCAGGCCAAAGCUUUGAAGUGAUCCUGAAGUCCCCUUCAGAUUUAUCUCCUGAGAGCCCAAUCCUUUCCUCUCCUCCCAAGAAGAAGGAUCUGUCCCUGGAGGAACUGCAGAGGAGGCUGGAGGCUGCAGAGGAGAGGAGGAAGACCCAGGAAGCGCAGGUGCUGAAGCAGCUGGCAGAGAAACGGGAACACGAGCGGGAGGUGCUCCACAAGGCUCUGGAGGAGAACAACAACUUCAGCCGGCUGGCUGAGGAGAAACUCAACUACAAGAUGGAGCUGAGCAGGGAGAUCCGUGAAGCACACCUCGCUGCCUUGAGGGAGCGGCUCCGCGAGAAGGAACUCCAUGCAGCUGAAGUUCGCAGGAACAAGGAACAGCGGGAGGAGAUCUCUGGAUAAAGGGCUUUUCUACACAUCUAGCACCUGAUUCCUGUUAACAAAUCAACCAACCAACACAUUUUAUUUUGUUUGUCUAGAUGCAACAUUUGGGUCUCCAUUCUUUCCCUCCCCCUGGUGUUAGUGCCCCAGCUACACGCUUCUAUCUCCGCCUCCUUAAUCGUUCAGUACUUGUGGGGAUUCACAGAUCAUAGGGACCUCUAAGCAGAAUAGCAACUAGUUCACAUGAAAUAUAGAAUCAAUGAAUCAGUCAAUCAAACAGCUUCUUUGGGGGGGUUGUCCUUUUUUAAGAGAUAUUUCUUAAACUGAUGUAAAGAAUUAAGUUAUUAAUAAAUUCAACCAGCAGUGUCAUGGAGAUACGGAUUUCUUAUCCGGGGCUUUUACUACUCUUGGUGUUUGCUCUGAGCCAAAUAUCAGUUUGAGAAUAAUAGGAAGUAAGAAUUUCUUUAUGUGAAGUGAUAUAACUAAUAGAUCCUUUAUUUCCCAGUGGUAGGAGAUAGGAAUAAGAGAGGGAUGGGAUGGCUCAGGGAGUUGUGGCAUGCAGACCUUUUCAUCUCUUGGUUAUUAUCUGAAGCCAGCCCAAGUAGGCAGUGACCAAAAGUCAUUAUCUUGGGAUGAUUCUUUGAUAGCCCAAAUGAAAAUAGCUAGGGGUCUCAAACCAGAACUUGGUGAGAGGUGCCCGUAUCACAGAAAGUCCCUAUCACAGCAAGCACUAGUUGAUAUCCUAAUUGGCCACAAACUGAACAAGUCUGUAGACUGAACUGUCUUCUCCCCUGCGAAAGGGAAGACCAAGAUAGCUUAGUCACGCAGCAUGGGAGAAUCUUGUGCUGCUGUUGCCUCUAUUGAGCCUGGUCCUUGGAUGUCCUGGGGAGACAGGCUGGGUCUCCAGGCCUGUCCAGUGCUUUCACAAACACAAGAUUUCACUCCAGUAAGAAAACAAUUCAAAUAAAAAUGAUGCAUGAUUGUGAAAUAGUCCACAGGCCUUUAGCGAACAGGAUAAUCAUCCUUCCCUCUUUGUGACUCUUCAGUGCCGUUGUAGGACAGACAUUGAGACCAGAGAUCACGAGAUAAGCCAUAGAGCUCUGGUUCUUACGCAGCAUGUUGUAAGAAAGGGCAUACCAGUUGCUUGCAGGGUACUGCCAGACCUGCAGCUUUGGAAAAGAUGGAGCUAAGAGAGGAGGCCAUCAGUAAGACUACAGUAAGGGUGAAGAGAUGUUCACAUGCUCAUUUGUUGUCUACCUUUAGCUUUUCAGGGCCUGUUUUUAAGAAAAGUUUGUCUCUUCAUGGAGGUAGAGAUGAGCAGAAAAUAUGCAGGCAUGGCAGUAAUAGCUGUAAUGUCUGUAGCAGUAAUGUCUGAUCUAAAUAGAUAACUGUCAAAGCCUAUGGACUUCCCAAUCUUCUAAUGUCAUAGUUUGUGAAGCUAGCUGAAGUCCAGGCAGCCACUGUGCCAAAGGCUAAGGGGUCCGCCGUUGUCUCGCUAAGAUCCACAGAGUUGCUGACCUUCAGUGUCAGCUCUGCGUCUGGCUUGAAAAACUAAUUGGAAAUGUUGCAUCUGAAAUGCAGGGAAUUGCCAUCUUAUCGCAAGUCGGGCCUCAUAAGAUGUGGUGCUGAGGAGUCAGCCCUUGCAAGAACACAGUCUUGAGGCAAGAUUUUGCAGAGGAGAAGAUGGACGUUGCUUUCAUUUGAGGCAGAAGGUAAUUCCCCUUUGUCUGGUUCUUAGAGAUUUCUGUAAUAUUUUUUUAAUAGAUCAGUACAAUGUCUCUCGGACAAGGCAGCAGGGUGCUUAGAGCAGGUACAGACACAGCAGGAUUCCUGGGCUGGUAUUUAUCCCCAGGGUGUCUCUCCCUUCGGCCCUCACGACGGCCAUUCCUCCCUGGAUGCUAUCUCAGAUUUCAGAAUAAACCAAAGGGAUGCUCAGGGGACCGAGACAUUUAAUUACUAGUAAUUGGUAUCCUCUGCACAUCAUGCCUCCAAAGAGCCAGUUGGUAGGUGAAACGAGACUCCAACAGUGGGCUUUGCAGACUCCAUGGGAAAAUGAUUGAAGCAAGGGGCUGCAGACUGGUGCGGGAGUGCAGCCGUGCACGUGGGCCAGCGGGCACCUCUGCAGCCGGCACAGGCCAGGCAGGGGGGUUGCAAGGGUGGUAUUCUGCCUUGCACGAAGGUGCGAGGCAGUGGUCAGAAAGCAGAGCAGAUGAGUAUUUUACAUUAAAAAAAGAUCCGCUUGCCUCUCCACCCUUCUUAAAAAAACUUUGCUGAGUCUUUUCAGAAGCUGAAGUUUUCUGUCUACCGUGUGCUUUGCUUACAUAAAGAAUUGAUUAUGCCCUGAGAUAAGCAUCAGCCGGCCACAGAAAACCAACAGAAUGCCAAAGAGCAGCAGCUGCUGGAAAUAAAAUCCCUAGCCUCUUUGCUAAUCUCCCCAGAAUUCCCAUUUGGAUUAGGGAGAGAUCCCUCUAUGGCCAUAACAUGUUUUGAUGUUAGGGAAACACUCUACUCCUAAAAGGAAGGGCUACCUUACUCUCAACCCCCUCAGCCUGGGCCGGAGGGGGAUAGGGCUGUUAGAAAGCCACAGUGCUGUCCAGGGACAAAAAAUGUUUGGGACAAAGAGGGAAAAGGAAAGGAAACUGAGGGUUGAAUUUUUUAACAGUAGCUAAUGAUCAGUUUAUAGUAGCAGCUGUCUUAGAUAAGCAUCUGUGUAGAACGCGGAAUCACCGCCAGCAUCACCUCAUUCAUAUAGCGACAAUACAUUUUAAAAAGUUUAAAAAAAUUAAAAAGUAAUUUAAACAAAA